AUGCCCCAUACCAGCUGUAGGGGACCCAGAACGCCAGCACUCAGCACUUAUGCGUUGCCCAUCGCAGCCACCGCGCACGCGCCGCUUCGCCGCCAAGGAGGGGGUGGGGAGUGGGCGGGGCGGUUAUUUCCCGGGCCAAUCGGAAGCGAGGAGCCCCGCCCUCCGGGCCGGUGGACCGAGCUUGACCCCGGCGGUGGGCGGAGGAGGCGGGGCCAGCCGUGCGGCCGCGGAGGGGGCGGGGCCCAGGGCCUGGAGGCGGGGCCUGGGGCUGUCAGUCCCGCGCCCGCCGCCGCCGCCGCCGCCGCGGUUCCUUACAUGUCGUGGCCCCGGUGGCUGCCGGCGCUGCCGACCGCCGUCCGUCGCCCCGGCAUCCCGAGCCGCCUCCCGCCGUGCUGGCCCGGCGCGCAGGAGGCUUGGGGUCAGAUGAUGGCAGGACCUGGAUGGCAGGACCUGAAUGGCGGAUCCAGGAGUUCCCAGCAUCGUGGCAAGUCAGGGUUGAAAGGAAACCUUAAGAUUGCAUGGCACUUCAGAGAAGGCUUGGCAUAAAAUGGUUACCACAUUGACCGGAGAACAGGAUAAUUUGGAGGAAACAAAUAAGAUUUACACAGGAAGCCACAAAGACAGAAGAAAUAGUUGCGAGCAUUAUAAGUUCAUUUUUCUUUUGUUCCUUUAUGUGUUUCUGGCU